AUGGGUGCAAGUCUUGUUUAUUUGGAUAGACCAAAAACUUAGAAAGAAACAAUAACAGGAACUGGGAAAAAUCACAAGUUUGCUUGUUCUUCAAUGUAGGGUUGGCGUUUAAAUAUGGAAGAUGCUCACAUUUGUAAUCCUAACUUUGAAAAUAAUGCUUCACUAUAUGGUGUAUUUGAUGGCCAUGGUGGAAUUGAAGUGGCAGAAUACUGUUCUAAAAAUUUUGAAGAGAUUCUUCAUGCUUCACAGAAUUAUAAGAUGAAAAAUUUUGAUUUAGGUUUGCAAGAUGCUUUUUUGAAGAUAGAUGAAAGUUUAAGUACUCCAGGAGGAAGAAGAUAACUUCAAUAAAUCCAAGCUUCAUAUCCACCUUAAGUAUCACCAAUUGAGAGAGCAUUAAUAAUGGCUGGUAGAGAUCCUAUUCAACUGAACAAUCCAAAUGAUUUGGCUGAUUCCAAAGGUUGUACUGCUAAUGUAUUACUCAUCAAAGAUAACAUAUUAUAUGUUGCUAAUGCUGGAGAUUCUCGCUGCAUUAUAUCAGUAAAUGGGAAAGCUAUUCCUUUAUCAACAGAUCAUAAACCGAAUUUAAUAUAAGAAAAAACAAGGAUCUUAAAAGCUGGCUCUUCAAUCUCAGCUGAUGGAAGAAUUGAAGGGAAUCUAAAUCUAUCAAGAUCUUUAGGUGAUUUAAGAUACAAGAGGAAUAAGAACUUGACUGCUAAAGAACAUCCAAUCACUGCAUUCCCUGAUGUUAAAUAAUUUGCGCUAGGCUCCACAGUCGAUUUUGCAGUCAUAGGUUGUGAUGGAAUUUGGGAAACCAAGAAUAAUUAAUAAGUUAUAGAUUUCAUAUCUCAAUAGAAAAAGAAAAGAAUUCCACUUGAAAAAAUAACCGAGAAUCUUCUAGAUGCUUUAAUAUCCCCAAACAUUCAAAGAACAGGUAAUUAUUUUUAUCAAUAAGUUUUAAUGUUAGAGGGUAAAGGCUGCGAUAAUAUGACUGUUAUUAUUAUAGAUUUUUCACAGGAGUGA